AUGACCAUGAACUUUUUUCGGUGCCAACAGAUCGCACCCAGAUAUCCCUUGUUUCCGUCCGAUUUCGUUCGGUCUUUCUCCUCAUCCUCUCCGCGACUUGUCAAGAAGAGAAUGCCCCCCAAGAAAGCGGCCGUGCCUGAGAAGAAAACCCUUCUUGGGCGACCAGGGAACAAUCUUAAAAUCGGCAUCGUAGGUGUUCCAAACGUCGGGAAGUCAUCCUUUUUCAAUGCGCUGUCCCAAACCGGUAUGAAAGACUGGUCUACUUUGCUUGCACGCUGGCUGAACUAUCGCAAGAUCUGGCAAGGCCGCAAACUUUCCUUACGCUACCAUAAAGUGAGGCUCGUCGCGACAUCUUACUUUGUCAUUGCUCAUUUAUUCUCUAGUCCUGAGGAAGCUCGCAUCCCCGUUCCCGACACACGGUUCGACUGGCUUUGUGAUUUAUACAAGCCCGCUUCUCGUGUCCCCGCUUUUUUAACUAUCAUCGACAUUGCUGGACUCACCGCGGGUGCUUCCACGGGGGCCGGACUGGGCAACGCCUUCCUGUCUCAUGUUCGGGCCGUAGAUGGCAUCUUCCAGAUGGUCCGGGCAUUCGACGAUGCCGAGGUCAUACACGUUGAAGGAGACGUUGACCCCAUUCGCGACAUCACAAUCAUACAGACGGAACUGAGACUGAAGGACAUCGAAUGGGUAGAGAAAGCUCUAGAUGCUCUAAAGAAAACCGGUCGCAGUCUCGGGAAUAGCAGUCUCGCGGACAAGGCUAGGAAGGAAGAGAUUGCGACAACAGAGAAGAUCUUGAAGCACAUCAAGGAAGAUAAGAAAGAUGUUCGCAAGGGCGAUUGGAGCAAUAAAGAGAUCGAUGUUGUCAACGGCCUGCAACUUUUGACGGCAAAGCCCGUGACUUAUCUUGUCAAUCUGAGCGAGAAGGACUUCGCUCGUAAGAAAAACAAGUGGCUAGCGAAGAUCAAAGCGUGGAUAGAUGAGAACAAUCCUGGAGAUAAUCUGAUUCCCUUUUCGGUCGCGUUGGAGGAACGUUUGGCCCCCAUGUCGGCCGAAGAAAUGGAGGCAGCUCAGAAAGAGAUUGGCGCCACCAGUUCUCUUGGAAAAAUUACCCAAGCUGGAUAUGCCAGCCUCGAUCUCAUUCGAUACUUCACGUGUGGGCCUGAUGAAGUCCGUGCUUGGACUAUUCGCAAAGGCACCAAGGCUCCUCAGGCUGCCGGCGUCAUCCACUCUGAUUUUGAGAACAAAUUCGUUUGCGGAGAAAUCAUGGCUUUCGACGAUCUGAAGGAGCUUGGAUCCGAGGCUGCCGUGAAAGCUGGUGGGAAGGUCAGACAACAGGGCAAGCCCUAUGAGAUGAUCGAUGGUGACAUUGCCUACUGGAAGGCUGGCGGAUAAGCCUCUGGAUUAACCUGUACAUUCUUGCCGCAAAUCAAAUGUAUCCUUUACGUGACUAGAGUUAUUCGGUGUCCAAGAUUGAAUGUAGUGUACAGAUGCUCGGUUUAUGACCAAACAGGAUCGAGCUUUCAGACGGUUGAAGAAGUGCCCGGCCAAUUGCCCAAAAAUUCGUAGCCAUGCUCGGUCGGAGGCGUCAACUUGGACAGCUUGCCCAAUUGUUCGUCUGCAAUCUCGUGAAGACGCGUCGCACCGUUCAAAAG